AUGUGUGAUAUAGAUGUAAUUUUAAAUGUAUCAGUUGAGAUAAUGAGAGUGGUCUUGGACUCAACCUCUGAGUUCCUGAGGUACGGCGAAGUCGCACAGCUCGUGUGCCCGGACGUCCGUUUUCCAGGCUGGUGCGAUGGUUCCGGCGGCGUGGCUCUGUCGUGUUCGGCCAGCGACCCACACUCGGAAUUGGACGGGCUGGGACCGGGCUUCACUAUGACCGCUUCCCCGUUGACCGAGACCUGCGUCCGGAACUGCUUCAAGAUUUGCGGAAGCGGAAGCAGCUGCGAAAAAGGUGAACCUUUGAAGUUUGGCGAUACGUUUUCCAUUAGCCCGUGCGUCUCUUCCAAGGUAUAUAAGUAA